AUGACCGGGGUAGAUGGCAUAGCAUUGACAUUACUCGGAUGGGUUCGGUAUCGAGCAGAGAUAGCGAGUCACCAUCUGUUCGGACAAGCUCGCCACUGGUGGGAUGGAGUUGUGCGAGACACUAUUCCUGGACAUCAGUUCACGUGGGAUGAGUUUCGAGCUGAGUUCGAGGAGAAAUAUUACAAGCGACAUGAUCAGGAACAUCGUCUCGUGGAGUUCAUCAAUCUCCAGCAGGGUGACCGUUCUGUUGGUGACUAUGAGGCGGAAUUUACUAGGCUCCUACGAUAUGGAGCUAAUCUUGUUCCUACCGAAAGAUUGAAGAUUCAGAAGUUUGUUGCUGGUCUUCGCCCCUCUCUGCGAAGGAAGAUCGAGGUACUGGAGUAUCCUACCUUGAACCGAUACAUCUGCCAGCUCGAGAAGAUGGAGCGAGGCGAGCGUGAGGAGCUGCAGGAGGCCCGGAUCCGAGACCGAACCCCAACCAGAAGAUUCUUCAUUAGUCGACCUUCCACCAGUACUGGUCAGACUAGUGACUCCCGAGACAAGGGGAAAUUACCGGUGGUUCGGCCACCACCACCACAGUCAUCCCAGAGGAGGCCUUGUCCCCGAUGCAGGCGAGUCCACUUUGGACCAUGCAGUACUCCUCCGACAUGUUACCAGUGUGGACGAUCGGGACACAUUGCGACAUACUGCCCGGAAAAGGGGACCGCCCCGACGAACGCCAAACCUCUUCGCAUUCAGCCUUUACAGCAGUCUGGCGUUGCACCGAGAGUUUACGUGUUGGCGGCAGAGGCCGAUACUCAGGGCGAGGAGUACUACGUUGAAGAACCAACCGCUGAAGAUACUGUUGCAGAGGAGGACUCCGAGCAGACCGAUGCUGCCGCUAUUACUGGUACUUUGUACAUAUAUGAUAUUUCUUGUCAUGCCUUGUUUGAUACCGGGGUUACACACAGUUUUCUGAGUGUGAAGAAAACUGAUGAGUUAGCUUUUACGGAUGUCGAUACUACUAGUCGAUAUCAGAUACGUACGCCCGGCGGAGAGAUCCUUCCUAUGCGCGGAAUAUUGCAUGACAUGCCAUUACAAAUUUGUGGAAGGGAUCUUCCUGCCGAUUUGAUUAUCGUACCUAUUCAAGGGUACAUAACCAUUACUUAA